AUGAGACUAAGCGGAGAAUUUUCGAGCGGUGAAGAGGAAGAAGUAAUGGAGAAAUCUGAGGUCGGCACGACGCCGUUUUUGGAACAGAGAAUUGUUGUUGGGUAUGCGUUAACGGCGAAGAAGAAGAAAAGCUUUCUGCAACCGAAUUUCAUUUCUCUUGCAAGGAGCAAGGGGAUAUACUUUGUUGCUAUUGAUGUGAACAAGCCACUGCCAGAACAAGGUCCAUUUGAUAUAGUCUUGCAUAAGUUGUCCGGAGAGGAAUGGCGUGAUAUUAUCGAGGAUUUCAGGCAAAAACAUCCCGAAGUAAUUGUUCUUGAUCCCCCAGAUGCAAUUCAACAUUUACACAAUCGCCAAUCCAUGCUUCAAGAUGUGGUGGAUCUAAACUUAUCUGAGAGCAACGGCAAGGUUGGCAUCCCUAGUCAGCUAGUCAUCACAAAAGACAAAGACUCAUCUACUAUUCCAUAUGAAGUCACCAAAGCUGGGUUGAAGCUGCCAUUAGUUGCGAAACCUCUAGUUGUGGAUGGCACUGCAAAGUCGCAUGAACUCUUUCUUGCUUAUGACGAGUUCUCUCUUUCAGAGCUUCAACCUCCUCUUGUACUACAAGAGUUUGUGAAUCAUGGCGGUCUUCUCUUUAAAAUCUACAUUGUUGGGGAAAGCAUAAAGGUUGUGAGGCGUUUCUCUCUUCCUAAUAUCAGUAAACGAGAGCUAUCAAAGGUCGCAGGUGUAUACCGUUUUCCAAGAGUCUCGUGUGCAGCAGCUUCUGCAGAUGAUGCUGAUCUAGAUCCUAGUAUCGCCGAACACCCACCAAGAUCUUUGUUGGAAAAGCUUGCAAAGGAGCUUCGACAUAGAUUGGGACUUCGUAUGUUCAACGUAGAUAUGAUUCGAGAAUACGGGACCAAGGAUGUAUUUUAUGUCAUUGACAUCAACUACUUUCCAGGGUAUGGAAAAAUGCCGAACUACGAGCCUGUAUUUACGGAUUUUCUACUUAACCUAAUGCAGAACAAAUGUAAGAAGAAACUCACUGUCUAA